GUAUCACUGUUAAAGAUAUACCAAGAAUUUGCGAAAUUUAGACAUUGAAAUCUUGUUUUAAAUACUUUCGACCUAUUGUAUGAUCAUGACUCGAUGCUUUAGCUUAAGACGUAUCUGUAAUAUACUAAGAAAAUACGUUUGUUUUUGCUUUCAUAAAUCUAACGAAGAUUUUCAUGUGAUUGCAGAGACGGACACCGGUGAUCAAGAUAUCAUACGGUUACCCGUAGCCACAAAUGUUCAGAGUAUCAUGAUAAGGCCUGGAUCGAUGACUUUAGAGAGAUGGACCUCUGCUCCCAUAUUCAUCAACAUACCACCACCAACACAGUUCCAGCAACCUGUGUCUCCGGUUGGUGAUAGACCUAGGAAAAGACUUUCCAGUCCUGGUAGAAUAGACGUAUCUCUCAUAGACCAGAUAAAAGAAGAGCUAAAAGAAACGGAGAGAGGCGACUGUGAACCUGAAGACGCUAAGAAUGUUAAAAAUGACAAGUAGAGUUUUGGUUUUAGUAUGUAAAGUGAAUAAAUGCACUAUUCAUGAA